AUGAGCUUUGUGAUUGCAACACUCUCGGACGACACGAUUGAAUAUGUUAGCGGUAGUAAAACGACUCGUGAUGCUUGGUUAAGCCUCUCCAAUCCCUAUGCCAUGAUGUCUCAUGCUCAGAUUAGUCAUCUCAAGACUAAGUUGCAGAAGGCUAAAAAAGGUGGUGAUUCCAUAAACAAAUUUCUUUUGUGUCUCAAACAUAUCAAGGAUCAAUUGUCCGUUGCUGGUAUUUCGAUUUCGAAUGAUGAUCUCAUGAUCAUAGCCCUCAAUGGAUUACCUUCCGAGUAUGAUAUGAUCAAGACAGUUCUCAUCGCUCUAGAUACUUCCAUUUCGUUCAAAGAGUUUCAUACUCAGCUUUUAAUUGCUGAAUAA